UAUUACUGUUCAUUCUAAAGCUUAUUUAUACAUUAUUUUUCAUUUCUAGGUUUGAUAGAACAAUACAAGAUAUAGUAUAUAAAUUAGUACCUGGUCUUCAAAAACGUGAGCAAGAGCAGCAGAAGGAAUUCUUUGAUAAUUAUGGCAGAAAUGAAGAGGAAGAACCUACAGAAAUGGAAAAAGAUAAAGAAAUGGAAGAUGAGAUAAAGGAAGAAGAGGGUGAUUACCAUAGAAAUGACGAUCAGGUGAAAAUACAAUUAGAACGGAACACAGAAAAUUGGAGACAACUACGGAAGAAGUAUAUUCGCAUUUCAUCCCAGGCAACGAUAACUCACCUGAAAAAACUAUUAGCUCAUAGAUUGAAACUUGACAAACACACUGAGGUUGAUAUACUUUGCAAUGAAGAAAUUCUUGGCAAAGACCAUUCUUUAGAAUUUGUUAGUGCAACAAGAUGGCGAAGUAAGAACUGUCCAAUUUUGCUGCAUUAUAGGCCCAGGCUUCACUUCAGCUAACACCUGUUCACUUCACCGAAGAGGAAAAAUUUAUAUAGAGAUAAUGUAAAUAAAUAUAUUUUAUUGAUGAAAUGUGAAUAAGGAAAAUUAAUUGUGAUCUCAGACUGCAGGAAAAUUGAUGUCAGUGGAGGAAAAGAGAACCACAGAAUUUUAACUUUUUUAAUCAGUAAAAAGAAGCCCUACAAGGUACGAACUCAAAUUAAAAUGUCCUAUGUUGAUAGAUUUGCCGGGUACAAAAAGUACACCGAUAGCUGCAUUCAACACACAGAUCUAAAGUAGACCUACAGCGAUGGAUGUUUGGGGUACAAAAAAAAAUCACACAUGUUUCAAAUAUGUAUUGAAACCUUCAGGGUAUACUGAUCACAAAAUAAACCAGGUAUAAAAAACAAAUAAGGUGUUGAGGUACAGUACAUCGAUCAUUAUUUGAGCUUGAUAUCAGCAUUAUCACCAUAUCAUCAACUCGCUUGUUCCCUCGUGGGGGAUUUGAUCUUCUCGAUAUCGUCAUCCAUCUUUAGAACUCAAAUUGAUGCAUCUUGAGCCAAGUACAGAUGAGCCUGGUAUCAAAAUCCCACAAGAUAUUUAAGCUACACUAUCAAAAACCCCUACAAGGUACAAACUCAAGAUCAUGCCUUUCAUAUCUAUAGCGUUCACAUGCGGUGACUUUUAUCUUGGGUGGGGGAAAGGAUAUUUUAAUGUUUGAUGGGUAGGGGUGGCAUGGUUAUUUGUAUGUGUUGAAGUAUAUGUUGGUAUUAUAAUUCUGUUGUUAAAGUAGUUAUGAAACUGUGCAGUUUGUUGAACCUAACCAAUUUGAUUGAUUGAUCAAACGACAUGUGAAAUUCUCAUUCACCAGCGAGAAAUCCGCCACUUACAGAAUGAAACUUAAACUAAACUAUAUAGUUCAGAACAGACUAAAAAAAAAUCUACUACAUUAUUAAUAAAAUUUAUUUUUUAAAUUUUAAUCAACACAAUAUUCUAAGCAUAACCUUUCAAGUCUUCUGACCUACAAAUACUGCUUGUUUUAUUGUCAAUGUAAUUGCUAUGAGCUUCCAAGUAAAUUAGAUUAUGUUGUUCCAAUCUUGAAGCCAUCCAUAUGGGUGGGGAAGAUGAAGGGUUUGCGGAAUAAUUUUUCCUUGCUACAAGGAACAUAUUUUAACUGUUUUUGAACCCAAAUCUUUACCAACACCACCUUAAAAAAAGUAAAAUUUUUCAUUUUUGUUUGUAGAUUUUUACAUGAUUUUUUCCCAACUCAGCGUUAAUGUUUAAUCACUAUAAAAAUAUAUAUUGUAACUGUGCAUUUACACUGACCAAUGGCAUUGCUAGAUUAGUAAUCACAUGUGUCAAAUGUCAGACUACACUAAAUCAUUUUGUUUAUUAGUCUAUUUUUACAAGGUAUAUUAAUAUUUUUUUUGUGGAUUACCAAGUCUGUCAUGUUAGACAUUUUCAUAUGAAGUUCAGCUGUCCUUCAAAGUUCAAGUAUUGUUCAAUAAUUUUCAGUUGGCUAUAGUUUUGCGCUUGUAAAUCAUUUUACGUCCAAAUUGAUUUGUAUAAUAUAAUACGUUCAGUAUGUUUUCAAACCUACAACAAUGUUUGAAAAAAGUUAUUUUAAAUUGAAUAAUGAACUUAACAUUGUUCCUCAUAAAUAUAUAAUUGAAUUUUGCAUUUAUUUCAAUGAAUUUUUAAUCAUGUUUUACAUGAAUUGUUUACAGAAUAUAUUUUUUAUAUUAUCUGAUUUUAAGUACAGAUUAUUUAAUAUGCUUCAGUAAUCCAAUUUUUCAUCAUUUUAAGAGUUCAAAACAUACUCUUUUCUGUGAUCUCACUCCCAAAGUGUAGAUAAUAAAUUGAAUAUUGUUGUUAUUGUGAGAUAAUUUUUUAAUUUUCAUAAAGAUUAUGUACUCUGUUGACCCUUCCCCCUAAAGUAUGAUUUGCACUCUCGUUAAAAUGAUGACAAAUUAAUGACCCCUUAUUAUUAAUAUAUGUGAUUAGUAUUGUCGGUCAGUCAAUCAAUUUAUACAGUUAAUUAAUGAAUUUUAUAAUAAGUAUUGUACCGUACUUUACCUUCUGCGUAACUGGUGCUAAACUCAUACAUCAUAUUUACAUACAAUAAUUUUUAGGAUUUAAGCAGCACUUUGUAAAAGUUAAAACUGACACUGAAGAAAAUAUCAAUCAGAGUUAUUUCAAUGUUUAAUACUACCCUUCUGCACUUCCUGGGGAGGGGAUGUAGCCGUGAUGCAGAAUGCUACACAUAGACCAAUAUGUUCAACAAGAUGAGAGAGAGGAGCUCAGGGGUUAAACACAAAUAUUUUUAAGACCCCACUACCCAAGGGUGAGAGCCCGAAAUGCAACUCUGAAACAAACGUCGAUGCCUGCCAAAUAGGUAUUCUAACCAACCACUGUUUGUCUUUGCCAUUCAUUCUAUAACAAUGAGGACUAAGUCAUGCAGUGCUUUGAGCUAAAGCCUGAUUAAUGAUGACUGAAAUGCCAUGGGUCAGUUGUACAUGAUAUGCCUGCUGAAACAAAAUACAUCUUUUUCAUUUAGGUAUCUGUAUUGGAGAAUAUCUCUGCCAUGUUUUGCUAACAUUUAUAUUACUAGCGAAUUAAAAGUCUCAUAAUUAAUACUGUUUUCAAAAGCGAAUUCAAGGGUGAGGGGAUGUCCCCUCCGCUCCAAGUUUUUGAAAAAUUUUGGAAAAGGAAGUCUGAGAAUGCCAUUUCUGGCCUUGUACAUGUGACGUAGCCAUAUUAAAAAGGUUGUACCUCUGCCCGAACAUGGUUAGUGGUCUGGACCCUCUAUCCGUCAAAGUUCCUUUCCGGGUUCCUCUAUUUUGAAUUUCUGGAUCCGCCACUGUUUGUAUGUUUUUUAAAUAGAAUAUUAAAUUGGCUGGUAAUUGAUUUCUGAAGUAAAAUGACUCUAAAUCACUGAAAAUGAUGUCUCAUUGAUCCUUUUGAUUAUGCAGUGCAAUGUUUUAAUUGGAUAUUUAAAAAAAAUGUUUUACAAAUUUUAUCUUAAAUGUAGAUAAGUUGCUAUGUCUGAUUUUCCCCAAAUUUUUAUCUCAUCUAAGCAUACAACAGGAGUGUAGUAUAUAAUAUUUAACAUGUCCCCAAGAAGGGAUUUUUACAGGUGGAGAGUCCAGACAGCCCUAAGAUGGAGGUACAACCUUUUUAUGUCUACUAUGGUACAUCUAGACGGCAAGAAAUGGCAUUCUCAGACUUCCUUAUUGUAAUUGUAACUUUCUUUUAUUAGGCCAAGCAACAAAAAUAAUUAGUUUCUUAUCACUGCAUGUUUCCUUUUUGCUGCUGCCUUGCCUUUGUUUGGAUUCCCCCUCCCCCCAGCUUUUCCGAAUAAUAAUAAUACUGGUAAUUUUUGUACUCCCUGUUUGAGCCUCUGUACACGAACUUGAUCUGGAGAAUCUGAUGGCCAGAAAAAAAAAUAAAUAAAAAUUAAACAAAAAGGGCCUCCUUAAUCUUCAAACAUUUGGAGUGUCUUUUUUCGCUUUGCCUUAAUUUUGCUAAAACCAGAGCAACUGACGGAAAGUAUAACCCUCAUUUAUUUUCUUUCACAAUAUGUUUUUGAUAUUGCCAUAAAAUGACCAUGCUCUUAAAAUCUGUCUUAUAUUAGAGCCAAUGACUCGAUUUGCUAUUGGAUGAUUGUGCUGUUCCCUUGAGGUCUCUCUGUCAAUUGUUAAUUGUAUUUUUGCAUGCAAAUUUACAAUGGCCAUAGAUUAGGUUGCAGUUUCUAAUUUAUAUGUGUGGGAUAAUGCAUUGAUAUACCCACUGUUAAACUCUUUAAAAGAAUACUUCUGACAUGAAUACAUAUAUGAACCAAUGAAAAACAUAUUGUUGUGAAAACAUUUCAAAAACAGAUAGGCCUGUUGUUGUUUAAAAACACCUAAACAUGGAGAGUUAUGUAUUGAUAAAAACAAUUAUUAACACUAUAUUACUGAGGGUUUUUUACUGAUAAGCAAACUGCUUAAGCACCUCAAAAUAAUGAUAAUAGCACAGUAGUACAAAAUAAUGCACUGCAAAAAUAAUAAUAAAAUGGAUGCUAAGUUGUAUUACUAUAUAUCCUACUGCUAAAUGCCAAAACAUUUAAAAUAACCCUUAGGAUAAGCAGGCCAAACUAGUAGCACAGACUCAAAAGUUAAACAGCGUAUUCUCAAUUUUGAAUAUUUUAAUUAUAUUUAAAUUUGUCGAAUACUUCCAUUAACCACCAAGAAUGAUAUACCUUAAGUGCAUGAUGUAAUAAUUGUUCACUUUUUUUGGCUUUUGGAUGAUUGUUUACUGUUUGAUUGAUUGAUUGACAAAAUUAUUGAUGUAGUAUUUGUAGUGUCAAGAACUGAGUAUAUAAUUUGUGACAUGUAUUUUAUUUUAUUGUAUUAUCUUCAUAUUAUGCAAUGUUUAUGUACAUUUGGUACGCAAGUUCUUUUUACUACUAAUUCUCCAUAAAUUGCAUACAAAUUAAGAGGGCUGAUAGAAAAUUGAUAAGUAAUGUAAAUUUGUCACAAAUUUAAAAUGAAGGUUUUUUUUAUUUGCAACUAAGCUGCAAGCACUCUUGAUAUUGCUUGUUGGCUCUGUUUUGUUUAUCUUCUAAAUUUAGUUGCCAAAUAAAUUAGAGGGUUGUGAGACUUUACGUUAAAAAAAACAAAAGAAUUUUACUUCAUGCUAAUAUUUUCUGUACUAAGGAGAGUUUCAUAUAAGAAUUUUACUUCAAUUUCAUUUACCAGUUAAUGACUGAUUUCGAGUACUGUAUAUGUUUUUAACGUCCCGGGAAGUGGGUCAUGGCAAAUUGCCUUGACGUAAAAAGUUUGAGAAUCGCUGCUUAGACCACGUAGUGUAUAGAUAUAUAGUUCAUUUCAUUAAUUUAAUGUUGUUUGUUUGGUUUUUGUGUGCCCAUUCCUGCAAUAUUAUAUAUUAUUAUGUUAACAUGUUUGCAAUUGUAAAAUUUUUAACCUAGCCUAUGUCCGUCUUACCUAGCACAUGAUACCAACCACCUAUGCACUUGUUAUUACCCCGGCCAAUAGACCAAUUAUGCUAGGUUGGUCACAUGACGUAUAGUGGGUAUAAAUUGUAAACAGGCAGUGGGAGUGACUCUCGGUAAUAGGAAAAGGCAUGGCUUCUUCAGAGAUUUUCUGCUGUAAAGCACAUUUGACACUGUAUGAUUUCUAGGCUAGCUAAGGUUUACGAAGAAUCAUAUAAAUCCCAAAGCAUACAAAGCACAGAGAAUGCUAGAAUAAGUAAAUAAACACUAUUUUGAACAAUUGUAGUGCCCUUCCUUGCCAGUUAUUUCUCAAGUUAAUAGUGGGAGGUUGUUUUUUUGUAACUUUAACAUUACCUUUUCCUAUACUGUACUUUCACACUGAUUGCACUAUAAGUUCUUCAUAGUUAUACCCACUAUUUGUCAUGUGACCGGCUAUUAAAACAAACCUCGUGGAAACAGUCUAUUACAGAACACACCAAUCUAGCUCCCUAGGGAAAUAUUAUCUUUCUUUCAUGUAGUCGUAGGUUGUAUAUAUGAAGAUGACUCUAUGUGAAUGUUUGUUUAUUUUUUAUUGGCUUCCAAAUAAUAGUUUAAAAAACGACGUUCCUCAUAAUUGACUAUUGAAAAGUCAUUACCACAGAAGGCAUAUUUAGUAGAUUUAUACAGUAUAUAUGUAUAUGUAUAAUUUUUUGUACAUGCAAUGCAGGUAUUUAUGUACGCUUGUAGUUGUAUCUCCAUCCCUACAUACCUUCACCAUGUAACAAAAUUUGCAUCACUUUUCGACACCAAAGACCAUUUAUUUUUGCUUUUUUAAAAUGACAGCACAGUAGCUGCUUAGUUCAGAAUUUUUUUUGUUGCAAUUGUCGAUAAUGAUUUUUACAUUUCCGGUAAUUUUAAUUGACUGCUUUUUUAUGUACCAUAAUGUAAUUGAAUAUUGCUAAAUUCAAUUGAAAGAAAAACUAAAUAAUGUGGAGUUUCAUCUUAAUGUAAAUAUGUUUGUAAAUAAUUAUAUUUAUAAUGUUAAUGAUAUGAUAGAGAAUUCAAAUACUGUAAUGGUUAACACAUCAACUCCUAACACACUGGUUAUGUAUUUAAUUUGACCUACAUAAUGACGACAAAGUGGAAGAUGUCAUUUAGGUUAACGAGGAGAAAUCUAAUUAGGAGUGAUUGCUAGAGGCUGAUACUCAAAGCCCAUCUCCAUAACAAAGGAUGUUGAAGCAUUGUAUGAACAUCUCAAUGGAAAACAUAUUGACUUUGAAGACAUGGACCAAGACGUAAAUUAUUGUAAUUAAUGUAAUUUUACUGACACAUUGUAUUGAAAAAUGGAAAUUAAUUUUUAAAAGUCUAAUAGCAUGGUCCAAUUGAUUUUGUUACUAACACCAUGUGUUUUGUGGAAGAAAUUAACAAUUUUAAUGACAGUAAUUAUUAUUGAUAAAGAUUGAAAUGAAUAUUCCAAGUGUACAAGCAUUGGUUGCAGUACAUUUAUCAAUGAAUGCAUAAUCUUUUAAAAUAUGUUACUCUCUGAAUCCAGUCAGUUAAUGAAUUGAUUUAAGAUUGACAAAAUCUUGGGUAGUGUUUCAUAGUCCAAGGAGUGUGUUUACAUUAAUGAGAUAAGAUCUUGUAAAAAUUUGUUUUAAAUGUAAUGCCUUUUAUCAAGACAUUUUAAAUUAAGAUAUUUCAUAAAAUGAAAUAGAAUAGAUGUAAAAAAAUAUUUUACUUAAUUAAAAAACAAAAGGUGGAGUUUUAAAAUGUAUGUUUCGAAUACGUAGGUGUACACACAGCUCUCAUUGUACCUUAAUUUAUUUUGUGUCGCUACAUACAGUACUUCACUUUCCACCAUAGGCAAGUCCUUAAACCAGAUGUACACUUUCUAAUAUUUGUUUGGCGUGAUUGGUGUCUGACAUCAUUUUUUUGGCUUUUCAUUUUCAGCAUUAGAUUUUUUUCCCUGGAAACUAUCGUUGUUUAUCCUCAGAAUAACAUGAUAAUUUGAGAUGUUAUAAUUUUGGUUUUGAGGCAACACCUGGCCAUCUCGGAAUAUCCUUCUUAAGAAGUUAGAAUAAAAAAAGCCUCCUUUUCUGUACAACUGGCUUGGAAUACAUACGUAGAGAGGCCUGAAGAUGUCUGAUAUUUUUUUUGGGUGUUCUUUGGGGUUUUUUUCUUUCCAGCUCCAAUCCAUCCAGUAGGCUUUUGAAAGAUGAUAGACAAUGUGGAGGAUGCAUUAGAAAUAAUGUAUUGCACUCAAUUUAAUCAAAGUAAUUAUAAAACCAAAGUUUUAAGAUAAAUAAUGAUUAUCCUAUCAUCUACCAAUAAAUGCAUUAAUAAAUGAUUAAUUAAAGAUAUUAUGUUUUGAUCUCCAGGGUUAUUAAUCAGUCCUAUUUUCACUGCACAGCACUUUAUGCUAUAUUAAAAAAAUUAAUAAAAAAAAUAUAUAUCUAUAUACACAAGUAUGUUUAGGUAGCUAUUAUGACUAUUAUUAGCUUUUAAAUAAUUAUAAUAUGCUAAUCUAGAGUUGUAUGUAACAUUUUAGUACUGUACAUCAAUCUAAAAAAAAGCUGUGUCUCAUGUGCUGCUAUUGCAAUUACUGGAUAGCAAAAAAAAAAUGUUUCAAAUUAUCUUUUUAAUAAAAUGAAAAUACUAUAAAAA